UUGCACUUAAUUUUUGUCUAGAACAAAGUAUAUAAAUGGAUUGUUAGAAUAAGAAUUAUUAGUUGAAUUGAAGAAACUGAAGACUUGACAACAUGAAAUACCUUGUAGCUGCUUUACUUUUCGCUUUGGUAGCCAUCGCCCUUGCCCGCCCCAGCGACUACAGCGGGGCCAGUGGCGGAAGAAGUGAACACACUGGACAUUUAGGUGAAAGCAAAGGUGUAUUUAUGGGCAACCAAGGCCACAGUCAACAAGGAGGUGAGGUGCAUGGAACACUUUCAAAUGUAGGCAACAAAGAGCAGAAAAAAGAGGAGGCCGCAGAAGAACCAGCAUCGGAUGAUGCAAAAGCUGCUGAAGAUGCCGAAGCUCCGGAAGAACCAGAAGCUCAAGAAGAAUCAGAGGCCGCAGAAGAACCACAAGCUGAAGAAGAACCAGAAGCUGCAGAAGACUCUGAGGCCCCAGAAGAACCUAAGGAAGAAGAGCUCGCUGAACCAGAAGCCGAAGCCUAAUAAACAUCUCAGAAUCUAAUUUAUUGAAAAGAAGCAGCCUAAAUAAAAUCCUAUAAAAGUAAA